AUGAAGCAAGUGACAGGAUUGACUUCGAACCAAGAUAUGCAGAGCCAUGGCCAAAACCCUGUUUAUGGCGCCCACCCUCAACAUCAACUAAUCGAAAGUCACGGCAUGGAUCCAAGACUUGGCCACGAGCGCCACGUAGUCCACGAUUACAUGCGUGGACAGGGCCCAGUUUCUGCGCCUCCGGUUGGACACCAUGCUUCUUCCAUGGAAGCCAACAGCAGCUCCAGUACUAGUAUUGCAGCAUCGUGUGAGCUCAGGGACGCACCAACAAUGUCGUCCAGACAUGGGUAUCUUAUGGGGCAUGGACCAAUGUUCAACAGUCCCAAUCUUGGCUCCGUUGAAGCAAUGUCCAGCCAGCACCAAUUCCACCAGUCGGCACAGCAGCACCUGGAAAAUCAUACGCCGCACCAACAUCAGCCUCACCAAUAUCUCCAUGAUCAUGAAGCCCCAGCACACCAUGCCCCAAUGUCGAUGGCACCCUCAUCUGGCCCAGUGCCAGGAAACCCUAAACCAAUAAGGAGACGUAUGCGUAUGAUAACGUCAUGCCUCGAAUGUCGUCGAAGGAAGCUAAAGUGCAACAAAUCUAACCCUUGCACCAACUGCACCAAGUUUAAUCGAGAAUGCCUAUACCUUGGGGCUAAGCUGGAUGAGGCGAGCCAACACCGCCUCACCGAGAUCAAGGAAAAGGCCGGUGCGUUGGAACGCCAGCUUGAGCGGUCGGUGGCUAGAUCAGCCUCACGCAGCUAUAGCCAGCAACGGAUUGUAGCGGAUGACGUUGAGGACGAAUAUGCCGACGAGCGAGAGCUCGAGGCAACACCGAUGGUUGCGCUAGACCUUACGUACGAUGAUCCAGACGUCGAACAUACCACCGACGAUAUCAUUGAUUUGGGAAUACAGGUUGGAAAGAUGCGAAUCACUGAGCGGAUUGGAGGACUCAAUAGGCCAAGGAUAUCGGAAGAGAUUGAGGCAGGAUUAUCUGUAUCCCCGCCGCAGACUCUAGGGUACGAUCAGAUGCCUGGACAGACGUCCCGGGCCGACAGCAUGUCUGCAGCCAACGGUUCCGAAAUAGUAAUUCCCGACUUCUUGCGGCCCGGCACCUCUUACAUUCCGCCGACAAGUGGCUACUUCUUUGGACAGGUUGUACAAUCGCCGGGCCUGGAUCAGCUGCUUCCGAGCUCCAGGGGGAUGGGGGAUAUGUUGUUGCAGCGUUACUACGAUGCGGUACAUCCCAUCGCCCGCUGUGUCCACUGGCCAAGCUUCGAGCUGACUUACCAGUCCUUUUGGGAAGAUUGCAACGCCGGUUAUGAGCCUCGGCCAUCGAUACAGGCUGUGGUGUUUGCUGCAUGGUUCAGCGCUGCCGUUUCCCUGGAGCAUGACGGCGAUCUCCGCAUCUUCGGCGAGUCCAAAACUGCAUUGAUGCAGAAAAUGAAGAUCGGGACAGAAGCAGCUUUAAGCAAAGCCAACUUCCUGAGAACAACGAAAGUAGAAACAUUGCAGGCCUUCAUCAUGUACAUGAUACCACUUUGUCGUGCCGAGAUCUCGAGGGCUCACUCAGUCUUAGUUGGAGCAGCAGUGAGGAUGGCAGAAUGCAUGGGCCUACACCGUGAUGGGGAAGCGUACGGAUUGUCGCCGCUAGAGACGCAUGUGCGAAGACUACUUUGGCACCAGCUCUGUUUCUUGGAUGUUCGGACUUGCGAGGCUCAAGGCCCCAAGCCGGCCAUAAGAAGGGAGGACUAUGACACGAGUCUGCCUUUGAAUUGCGAGGAAGAGGAUCUCACCAACGCGAUGGAGCCACCCAGUCCGGCUGAGAGGUGGACAUCGGCCUUGCUGCCACUGAUGCGCUUCGAGAUAAACGAGAUGAUGCGCAACAUAUGGAUGGACCGACGCAGGCUUGAGAGCCACAAGACCACCGUCACCAAUGUUUUACAAAAGAUUGGCAACUUCCGAAAGCGCCUGUUGGAGAAGUACGAAAGGUUUCUCGACGACCGUGUGCCGAUACAACGCUAUGCAAAACUCGUAAUGCACCUGCUCACGCACCGUCUGUACGCCAUGAUACUCCACCCAUACUAUGCCAACACUUCGAAUCCGAUGCCUCCGCGACUCAACAGUGUACUCAUUUGGGGUGGUGUAGGGAUCAUCGAGAUUUCGAUACAGCUAGAGACCAACCCGGACUUUGCCCUCUGGUCCUGGUAUUUGGGAGCUUACCAACAGUAUCAGAUCGCGCUCCUCCUGGCAACCGAGAUUUACUACCGACCCGCCAAUAAGGAAGCUGAUCGCAUCUGGGCCUGUCUUGAUCAUGUUUUUGGUAUGGAGAGAAAUCUGAGCCGAGAUGAGAAGGGCGCCCUGAUAUUGCAUGAGAUUGCCGAAAAGACCUCGGUCUACAUGGGCAUGCGGAAGAUGCGUGCGCCUAGGAGUACUACUGAGGCAGUGCCAGACAAACAGCCCAUCAAGACCGAGGGAAGCGUAUCUCCGUCUGCAGCUGUGCUUGCCUCUGCGGAGCCAUACAACCCCCAACCAGCCCAGAACCAAAACCAUCAAACCAACCAUCAAGAGAAUGAGCAGCAGCCAAACGGGCAGUCAAGUUUGCAGUACUCGCCGCCGUUAUUCGCACAAAAUCAGUCUCAGCACAGGCACCACCACCAGCACUCUCCGGGAAGCUUCAAGAUAGAACCCGGAAUUUCAUCAACCAUGAUGGCAACUACGCCAAUCACAGGUACUGGAGGAAUAAGAGGAGCUUCUAUGUCUUCACAGACAGGCAUGUCUAUGCACAUGCCGCCUGGUCCGCCACAAAACGUGGUCUUUGCUGGCGUGUCCAACGGAGAGGUGCUCUGGAGUCUCCCGCCCCAGAACCCCGGAAGCCCGGAAGCCAGUAGCGACGGUGGAAGCGUUGCUGGGCAUCCUCAGCGAAGUGGCCAGAUUACUGCACCAACUGGCGGUGGAGCCAUGUGUGGUAUUGACUGGGCCGCAUGUACGGAUGCCAUCAACGCAAUCUUUCCUAGCGACCCCCAGACAGGCGAAUUUUCCAUGAACGUCUUUGUGGAUCCGAACAUCGGGAUGAAAUGGAGUAAUUGAGUACUGCCUAUCAAGAGCUCCUUCGUUUUACCAGCUAGCUCAAGGUGAAUUGGCUGAAAAAAAAAGAACAACAGAGUUGUCUGAUCCAAGUCGUAUAUCCUGUUUGUGGUAUACUAAACUACUGCAUAUUUCACUACUCACUUGUUGUCACAUGAAAAUAGGCGUUUGUGUAGAGGCUGGCAUUACUUUAAGUUGAUAUGUUUUUCUUUUCUGCUUUUCUUUUCUUUUCAUUCAAGGAAAGAUGUACUGGCCGCUCUUGCAAUUUUGUAGGAUGAACUUAGCGUAUGCAUAGGACCAUGGGACCAGGAGUCAAUGGUUACGAUUUCGGAAUGACGUCAACAUGAGGGUUUUGUAAAGCGAAGAGGAAUAAUGAACAGGAAGACAAGUUACCUGCGUAUAUAUGACGACGAUGAAUGUACGGCCAAUUUUCUUGGAGUGGAGUAUCAGCAGUAGAAGACGG